CGUCAUCUUCCUCUCCUUUCUCCACCCCGCUCGCCCUUGAGGCACCGAUGAGCAACGAUGGUCAACCCCCAUCGGCCUCAGCUUCCUCCUUCUCCAAGUCCCACAGCGUCCACAGUUCUCGUGCCGCCACCUCGACCGUGAAAACCUACAUCAAUACCGCUCCACCGUGGGCACGCGAAGAGCCUCCCUCCCCUGGCGAGCACGAACCGCACGAAGGCGCGAGGCAUUUCCCAGACUUCCGCCGCCCCUCCGAUGUUGCCUCUCUCCAGUCUUCGGCACCCGAAGACCCGGGCCCCUCGCGCUGGUGGGCUUUCGCAAGACAUCGCCCGAUGGACUCGGGUUCCAUGCCGCUCUCGCCCACCGAGCAGGAGCAGCAGCGGCCACCCAGGCGGCCCCGGGACGGCGGCCGUUCGAUGUCUAUACCCUGGUUCUCUUCAUCGCAGUUCCGCCGCUCGCAGGAGCACGAAGAGGGCAGCCCGACGCUCCGUGAGUCGGACCGCGAGGGAUCUGAGUCGGGCACGCCACAGGCGAAUCCCCGGAGUCGUCUGCGCAUCGACAUGCCCCCUACCAGUGGCCCUUUCACGCUGUCGCACAGUCGCACACCGGGCUGGGACACGCCGUGGACGUCCUCGCAUCCGAUUGGGACAGACGAAAGCCACGAUCCUCAUGCACUGGAUACUGGUUCAUUGCACGAUGACGAGAAAGCAACCCCUUGGCAAAGGAGACGAAAACGGUUCAGAGCAUACAUGAUGUAUAACGUCUAUGUUCCCUUGCUUUUCCGUCUUUGCAACAUCGUUCUCACUACCGCUGCCCUCGCUAUCGCGAUCCGCAUUCGGAUCAUCGAGGAACGGAGUGGUGUCAUGGGGGCGCUUGGAGCCUCUCCCACCUUGGUUAUCAUAUUCGCCUGCCUGACAUUAGUGCAUGUCAUGAUAGCCGUAUACCUCGAAUACUUCGGCCGACCCUUGGGCCUGUGGCACACUUCCUGGAAACUUGCCUACACACUUCUCGAGGUCGUCUUCAUCUGCACGUGGUCGGCGGCACUCGCACUCUCCUUCGACAACUUUUUCACUUCACUUAUUCCCUGCGCAUCCGAGACCAGCAUCUCCUGGUACAGCAAACUUCCGCGUCCAGUCCUCCCAAACGGCGUCAAUGGCUUCGAAGGUGGCGUUGGUGAUACGUUAUGUGAUGACCAGGUAGUGCUCAUCUGUUUGGUGGGUGUCGGUCUCAUGAUGUAUUGCUUCAACCUCUUCAUCUCGCUCUUCCGCAUCUUCGAGAAGGUGAAAUACCACCCGACUUCUGUACUUACCGCGUAACGCGUGCAUACCCUUCCAUCCCGCAGCUAGAAACACUUUGGUUCUAGAUGCCUUCCGCAUUCCUCUCUAUCACACCGGCGACACCCCCUACCAUCCUCUCAUCCGCAUACUGUACAUGUUACCUUGGUCUUUAUUCUCUAGGUACCUACGCACACGAGCGGUCGCAGUCCCCGCUAAGCCUCGUCUCCCGAUUUCUCUCACAGUGUGUCCGGCUACCACCUCGGUUAACUUACGUUUACUCGCGCAUGAUCGCUUCGUCGAGCAGCUGUACGAAUGUAUCAC